UGUGUUCACUCGCAAGGGUGAAACAUAGUUCCAAAACGAACAAGUGUUUACAAAUUAUUUUUGUAAUUGAAUAUAAGUCUAUGUUUGGAGCGGCAGUGUCAGUUAUUAGAGACGUUCAAUAACAUCGAAUAUUUUCUCUGCGUAGAUCGCGAAUAAUUACAGUGUAGUGAAUACAUAUAAUUAAGGAAGCAAUGGAUAUCAGCAGCGAGGAAGUUAGAGUGAAGGAAAAACCGAACUAUGUUUGGCAAAGUGCAGGGGACCGUUAUGUAUGUGAUUUGGUGAACUCCCGCAAAGCCGAAAACUGUGAAAUAUUGCCGUUUCGUAAAUUAUCGACAAAAAAUGCGAAUGAGGCUCUGGCGUUACAAGAGAGGUUGAGAGAGCAAAUAAUUGUAAAAAUAGAAAACGGAAAUCAGACCAAUGACACGAAUGAAAAUGUAUCUGGAUACCAGAAAAACUUAGAAGAACACAAAAAAAAUACUGUACAUGAUUCAAAUAAGUGUGACAUUGGUCUUGAAUCAUUUGGACAAAAAGUGCAUCUCAAUCGUUACGUCGAUGCAGUACAUCAUCAUAGCAAAUCCUACCAAUGUGAUAUUUGUCACGAAUGUUAUAGUCUCAAGGGAACCCUAAAUGUUCACGUUCAAUUGGUACAUGAAGGUUACAAACCUUUCGAAUGUGAGAUUUGUCACAAAUCAUUUAGACGAAAAGGUGAUCUCAAAACUCACAUAAAUGGAGUACACAUAUGGAGCAAAUCCUUCUACUGUAAUAUUUGUCACAAAUCAUUCAAAUUCAAACAAUCCUUCAAAAGUCACUUGAAAGCAGUACAUGAUGGUAACAAACCCUUUGAAAGUGACAUUAGUCACAAAUCAUUUGGAUACCAGAGUCUAUUUAAAACGCCCAUCAUAAAGGAACAUGAUCGUAGGAAACCUUUUGAAUGUGUUAUUUGUCACGAAUCAUUUAGAUAUCAUAAUAUACUCAAAAUUCACAUGCGUGUUAUACAUCGUCGGAUAACUUAUCAAAUGUGACUGAAGUUGAAUGAAUUAAGUACGUGAAUUCGCAUUUCCAUGAGUAUUGUUACGGUAAAUUAUAUUGAAAAUUUUCCGAAAUAAUUUUUUCUAUUUUGUGAAAAAAAGAAAGUGUGAGUUUUUUGAGCUGA